UGGACCCAAAUAUCGUCAUCUUCUUCUCUUCUUCCUUCCAAGAAAGUCCAAGUCUUUGAUCUUUCAUUUAUUCUCUUCGAAUGCUUGAGUUGAACCAUUCUUCUUCAAUGCUUGAAUGAUAACUCUUUCUAAAACCUCCAUUUCCCACCUGCUUUUCUCUUCUUAAAACUCACCAAAAACUCAACUUUUCUUUCAGAAUAUACACUACAAACACAAUCCUCAAUUGGGUUUGCUUUGGUUGGAAAGAAAGAUGGACGGCUCUAGCUCUAGCGAUCGUGAUACCUUCAACAGCUCACCUUCAGUGGAAAUAACAGGCGAAAUAAUGGUGGUGGCAAUUAUAGUUCUUUUUGUGGUAGUAGUGUUUGUUCUUUUUCUUCAUCUCUACGCCAAAUGGUUCUGGUGGCGCAUUGAACAACCACCUGCUCCGCCUUAUUCACAUCGCCAGCGUCGUCGUUUUGUCUUUGCUCCUGGCCAAGACCCUGCUUUCACUCUCCGAACUGGCCUUGACGCUGCCGUGCUCCAUUCCAUUCCUAUGGUUACUUUCACUCCACAAGACUUUAAAGAUGGACUUGAAUGUGCUGUUUGUUUGUCUGAGCUUGUUGAAGGAGAGAAAGCUAGGCUGCUUCCUAAAUGUAACCAUGGCUUUCAUGUUGAGUGUAUUGAUAUGUGGUUCCAAUCUCAUUCUACUUGCCCGCUUUGUAGGAAUCCUGUUGAUCUUCAAUGCUACAAUUCCAGGGAAAUGGCAGAGGUAAUUGAUAGUCAGUUUCCACAAGAAAAUUCGGUUUCUGGGUCCUCAACAGAAUCUCCAAAUUUUCCUACUAAUGUAUUGUUUUGGGGAAAUGAAACUCAAGUUAGUACUGGUGGUGCUUCUUUAGAAGAGGGUACUUCUUCUUCUUCUUCUUCUACUUCUUCUGAAUCUUCAUCAUCUUCAUCUUCAUCUUCCUCUUCAACGUUGAAUACAAGCAGGCGAGGUGAAAUGUUAGUAAUUGAUAUUCCUGUGACUAUGAGUGAACAUUUAUCAUCGUCUCCAAUAAGAUCUCCCGAGGAGGAGUUAAAGUCGCCCAUGACAACAAGAUUGAGGUCAUUGAAGAGGCUUUUGAGUAGGGAGAAGAGGGUAAGUCCCAGUUGUAGUGGUGGUACUUCUAGUAGUUCUUGUGACAUUGAACAGGUUAGGAAAGGAUAGAAUUUCAAAAGCAACUUGCUAUUGAAGCAUGCCUGAAGAUAUGAUUGUAUCUCGGCAUAAAUUUCUCAAUUAAGAAAAGUGAAGAGUUUGCUGUCUAUCCUUUGAAAAUCAGAAAAUGAGAGAGGAAGCAAUUCAUCUUCUUCAGAAGAAUCAUUUUGUAAAAUUCUUUGUUUAAGUGUAAAGCCAUUAAACCAUGUGCUAAAAAAAUUUAGCUCCUCAUCAAGCUAUGUAAUUUACUUGUUCUGCAUUUUAUUCUUUGCAA